AUCCCAUCGAAAAAAAAAAGAGAAAAUGAAAAUAGAAAUUCUCUUUGCCUUCCUCUUCACACAUUUGCCUCUUUUUGUUGCUAUUGAGUUUUUAUUAGCAUUCCCUGUGUGUGUCUGUCAGGGCUUCUCCUCUCUCUCUCUCUCUCUCUCUCUCUCUCUCUCUCCCCCCUCUCCUCCUACUCCUCCUCCCUUCUUCCUUGCUCUCUGUGUCUCUACCUCCUCCCUAUCUACACACUGUGUCCAAUUAGGGUUUCAUGUUCAUCCAUAUUUGAUUUGCUUUUUUCUCUCUAGCUAGGAAGAAAGACUCUUCCAAGCUAUAAGGGGAGGUUAUAUCCUAUCACUUUCUACAGUCUCACAGAAAGAAAAAAGGCUUUUGAAAGAGAGGGGUGAGAUCCCUAUAAGGCAAAAGAUUAUGUCGUCAUCGAACAGCUCCUACAACUCACCCUGUGCCGCGUGCAAGUUCCUGCGGAGGAAGUGCAUGCCCGGCUGCAUAUUUGCACCCUACUUCCCUCCUGAGGAGCCCCAGAAAUUCGUGAAUGUUCACAAGAUUUUCGGGGCGAGCAACGUGACUAAGCUGCUCAACGAGCUCCCACCGCAUCAGCGGGAGGACGCAGUCAACUCCCUGGCCUACGAGGCAGAGGCCAGGGUGAGGGACCCGGUAUACGGCUGCGUGGGAGCUAUCUCCUUCCUCCAGAGACAGGUCCAGAGGCUCCAGAAGGAACUUGAUGCAGCCAAUGCGGAUCUCAUCCGUUACGCAUACAACGGCGCCAUCCCUCCAUCGGCUUUGCCUCCCGGGACAACCUCAAUGCAGCCAGUACUACCUGUGGCUCGCCGGCGGUCCUCAAUGGAGUUUGCCGCAGACCCAGGCAGCAUAAGCAACGGAGGGGGCGGCUUCUUUCAACCUCCUCCAUAUUCCCUUCCGUGGGACAACAACCUCUCGGGAGACAUCAAUGGAGGUGGAGGAGGAGGUGGUAGUAUGAUAUGAAGAACUGAAAGAUCAUCAGUUCUUGAAUAACCACUCCCUCUUUAUAUGCUUAAGGUGUGGGAGUAUAUAUACGAAUUAUUUAUACCGGGGAUGAUCUCUAUCUAUAUCUAUAGUAUAUGUGUCACAUGGACUAGCUUACACAGCUAGGCCAGGAUUUUUAUUUAUUAGGGUUAUCUAUAUAUAUAUAUAUAUGUAUAUAUUAUAUAUCAUCUUCCCCUGCUAAAAGACCAUAUACUAUAUAACUAGGUUUGAGCAAUUUGUAGUAGUGACAAUGCAUUCGAAACCUAGAAAACAGUAAUGGGGGGGCUAUAUAUAUAAAUAUAUAUAUAUAUAUAUAUAUAUGCAUAUGUGGUGUGUGUAAGUGUAUGUGGCUUGCUAAGGAUUUUUUAGCAUAAAUUGUUAUUUGACGUCAAUAUUUACUUGGAUGCAA